AUGAGUGGGCUUGCCAAGCGAGCGAACAGAAGACUAGACGGACGAACGGGACCUCGGGAAAGGCAACAAGGUUCGGUAGACUGGCGGACACAGUCACCGAGGCAGCGCACAGACAUAGAUUCUGAGAGACCCACACAGAGACUGUCUGAUCAGAGCUUGCUUGCCUGCUUGCCUUCGCGAUAUAGGUUCCGAUGCGGAUCCCAAUUAGUCCAAGCGAUCGCCGUCCCUGGUGGCUGGAAUUGGAGCUGGGAUGAUGGCUUGGCGAGCUUCAACAUGGAGAUGAGCUGCGGAGGCUUCCAACGGGCCGCGUUGGAGUUUUCGCAGUCUCCCGCUCUGGCACUACAGGGAAUACCAGGCAUUCCAACGAGCGGCAAGAGCUUGAUGGGUGUUCACGGGGGCAGCUCCUCGUCGGCACUUCUGCUAGUGCACGCGGCAGUGGCCGUGGGCGCCAUCACCAUUGCAGCAGCAGCCGCAAACCCUUACUGGUUCCAGGUGAGGCCCAAGUCCCGGCCUCGCGUGGUGGGCAUCAUCCCUGCGCGCUACAAGUCACCUCGCUUCGAAGGCGAACCUCUUGUGCACAUUUCAGACAUACCCAUGAUUCAGAGGACGUGGGAGCAAGCGAAGCAGUUUACUUCACUAAAAGCUGUCGUGGUGGCCAUUGAUGACGGUAGAAUUGCUGAUUUUUAUCGUGCGUUUGGCGCCGACGUCAUGACCUCGGAGAAUUGCUUGAGCGGGACAGAGCGAUGCAAUGAGGCCCUUGAGAAACUCGCCGCUGAGUAUGACAUUGUUGUGAACGUUCAAGUAUAUCAAUGUGAUGCCAGUGCCUGUAAUUGGAUAAAAAAUAUUGUGGACAAAAAGGGCUUCGCCCUGUACUUUUCACGUGCCCUCAUACCUUCCAACAAAAAAGAAACCUUAAAUCCAGUUUUCCCAUACAUGCGGCAUCUUGGCAUGCAGUGUCACAACGCGGAAUUUCUGAGAGCGUACGCUAGUAUGCCACCAUCUUCUCUUCAGUUAGAGGAGGAUCUUGAGCCAGCUCUACUAGGUUCUUUAAAAUAAUGACCACAAACUGAAGCUGUGUAGGUGAGGUGGACCAUGAAGCAGACGAAGUUGACACCCGGUGACAUUGCCGAAGUUGAAGCUGUUAUGCGGGCCCCAUCACCUUGACUAGCCUGUUUUGUAGAUCGAGUGCAGUAGAUACUCUGAAAAGCACCAGACAUAUAGAAUCUCCUUCUCAGAUUUAUGAAUGAGAAACAAUCAAUCCGCAAGACUGAUUAUCUAAUCCGACCUAGUCGUGUUUCGCUGGCAAUCGGCAAAUUAACAACCCAGUUUCCACUCC